UUCCUAGGAGAAGAAGCUCUAAAAUAGUGUCUAACUUUUUGUUAAAGUAGAUAAAGGGGGGAAUAUGAGAUACUAAUGGAACCUGCUUCGUUGUUUUAUAAGAUUGGAUAUUCUUUAAUGUAGAACGGGGAGUUGAUGGUCUCGGCAAAUAUGGCUGUGGUUAUGGAAGGUUGGAAUACAAGAUUUGGAAUUAGCCGCUAGCAGUUCCAUGUUUUGAAGUAAAUGUAUUGACAGUAUGGGAUUUUGUGGCUGGAUGCACUACUUUGUGCAAUGGAAAUACUCACCCAUGUUGCCUAGAAAAUGUGGUUUUCUUAUUCAGAGUUCGAGACUUGCUAGAGACAUGAGUACUAGAAUAGUUGAGAUGUGGGUUUUUGUGUCACUGGAAGAUCCAUCCAUUUAAAUUCUGUGUCAACUUGGCGGAGAUAUUUUGUACUGCUGGCUUUUUUUAGUUGUUUAAUUAGACACUGCAGAAUUGUACACAGCAACUUCUGUCUGCAUAACAUUGGAGCCUUUUUGGCUUUGCAGUGACAGUGGUAGGAAGGUUGAGGAUCCAGAGCUGCUUGAGGCAAUUCGCUGUACAAUAAUUAACAAUCUACUCAAGUAUCACCCAGUAUGUGAUACAACAUCUUGCGAUUAACCUUUUAUUCUCAUGUUGCCCAUGUGCUUUUUCAUCUAAUUUGAUCACCGUCAUUUCUGUUCCAGGAAUCAAGCAGUAAAUUAGCGAUGGGAGUCUUCUUUGGUGCACAACCGCCAAAUCAGCAGGUGUUCUAAUGGGUUUUUCUUUUUCAAAUAUUACUUUGUCACAGGUUACCAGCUACAUUUCUACUUUGUUACUCACGGAUUUCUUUUCUUGUGAUGUAGCUAGACUUGCUAAGAACUUAUGUUGUAAUUCUCAGGUAGAUGUGGACAUCGCAACCCAUAUAACCAUCUCAGAUGAAAGUCCUAACCGAAGGUAAUGAGUUCACCAGCCCAUAUUUCAUGUCUUUGUUGUGUGACUAAGUUUUCAGAGCCUGUGUCAGGUAAAUGCUGUGUAACACAGUGAUUAUGUUGUUAUAACAGAGGCGUGCGUUUAUUUAUUUUCUUCUGCUACUAAGAAUGGCAUCAGAAUUGUCAUUCCUUUGUUAAGUUAGAGCACAUGGUGGCCAUGCAUUUUGGCUGUUGCUACAGAAAUAAUAAGUCUUCAAUUUCAGCGUAUGUUUGGCUUUGCAACUACUUAACCAAGUCACAUGUAUACAAUCAUGAUCACAAAAUUACUCCAGUUCCUGUUACUUUUAAGAGGAAAGACUUGCUUUGGAUCAGCAUUGCCAUUUGCCUGCAGGGGAGAAGCAGAUAUGUUUUGUGUAUGCAUCUUUAUUAUGGAUAAGAAUGUAACCAAGAAAAAACAUAGUAGAUUCACCAUGACUUCCAAUUUAGUUUUGAUUAUCUGAUCUUGGAACCAGUAAAAACCUUGGAAUUUUCCACCCCUUUAAAAGCUUAAAUGGAAGAUAAUAAUAUUACUAUUUAAUUUUGUUCAAUAUGUGUGAAGGAUUAACCAUUGGCAUGUGAACAAUAUUGCUGAGAAAGAAAGCCAUCUGUUUCUUUUUUCUUGCGACAGCUUAUUGAAUGUGGAGACAGCUGAUCGCCCUGGUUUAUUGGUGGAUCUAGUGAAGGUCAUCAAUGACACCAAUAUCGCGGUUGAAUCAGGAGAGUUUGACACCGAGGUAUAAGUGUUUUACGAUAAUGAUCAUAUUACGACAGCCUUUCCUUUGUCUUUGUUUUUUAAGACUUAAAAUGAUGUUUUCCACCGGUGAUCCUUGUUUUGUUGUACAGGGUUUGUUGGCCAGAUCAAAGUUUCAUAUCAGCUACGAUGGUAAAGCUGUCCCCAAGCCCCGUAAACAGGUAAAUGAACCACACAGUGUCUUUCUGGUUCUUGCUAGUUAACAGUUUUGUAUAUGCUUCAUCAUCAAAACGCCGUAGUUUGCUAAACACGAACAUAAACCAAGAAACCUUUGGCAUGUGUUGAGUCUGCUAAGUUAUAUCUUGAGCCUUGGAUGUCCUAGGAAGAAAUGUUUUUGACACGCGAGAGAUGAAGCCUUUCAUGGUCUUGAUAUGCAUAGCUCUUUGCUUCUUCUAUUUUCUUCUUCUUCUUUUUUACAAUAAUAUGCAGCUCGUUGCUGCUAACUUCUUUCCUAUCCUAUUGAAAGCUAGAAACUAUUCCUAUUGAUUCUGAUAUAGAGUGUGCUUUCCAACGUUGGUGAAUCCUUGGCCAGGUUCUUGCCAACAGCUUGCAGUACUUCUUGAGGCGGCCAGCAACAGAGGACUCCAGCUUUUAAGCCAGUUGAAGAAGAUUGUGGCCGGUUGGAGAGAACAAACCAAACCACUUCUGUGUUCCCUCGUUACAUCUCUUGAGAAGCCUGUAUCUUUGUGGUAAACCAUCCAACAUGUUUGGGGUUUCAUUCGAUCGCUAAAACGGGAACGUGAGUUUCAAAAUCCAAAUUCGUGUCGUCUUCAACUUCAAUUUGAGCCAGAGUUCCUGCAAUCGGACUUUGGUUAGUACACUGUGAACCCUCCGACUUGGUUGAAGAAACCCUUUCCCCCAGUGAAGGGUAAACGAAACAGCCCUUCUCAUCAUAAUUGAAAAUAACACACCAUUUUCCCAUACUUAUGAUGAAUGUACUCACAUGGCGGAUUUCUUGGCAUACCGCGUCCACUCACUUCAUCUUCGUUUACAUACAAGAGACUGUAAUGAUCCAGGCCUUCGAUACCGAACUAACUACGAUUCUCUUAGGGCCUCCGAACUAACGUCCUGUUUCUUACCAAAACCAGAGUGGAGAUCUGGUUGGAAGGGAAGGGAAGUGGGACGUGUAGUGCAAGCAAGUGGAGAAAGCGACGAGGCGGAGCGUAAAUAUCAGAUUACGAUAUAUUUGGUCCUGGAAUUGUGGACAUUGUCUUCUCAAAAUCAAUGCUCUCUGCAUUCAGCAACUGGCAGAAAUGGCCGAAAGCAGAGCCUUUAAAGCCUUGUUUACGUGCUGUGGACUUCCAUCCACCACGAAUAACAAUCACUCUGUGUUGGUCCUCUCUAAUUUGGUCCCAACAUUACGUUGAUUGAUUUUAUCUUAAUUGGCAGCCAUUAUCGUGAUGCGACCAGAGGACCAUUAGUGAAAGGUCUGUAGUUCGCAUCCAAAUCGUGACCAAUUGUAGCAGUAAUGUUCCUUCUUCUGGUAGAUAGGAAGGAUCCCUGCAGGUAUCAUUCCCACUUCCCAGCUCUAUAAAUUGAAGCCAAGCUAGAUCGUUAGUUGUACUGAUUUGUAUACAAACCCUUCUUCUUGCAGGAAAAAUUAGUAAACAGAUACAAAUCCAUGGCGGCGACGGAGAUGAGCGGGAAGCUGGAAGUGGAGGUGGAGCUGCAUUGCUCGCCGGAGAAGAUUUACGACGUGUUCAGGAAGUCAGGCCACGAGCUCCCAAGCCACGCCCCGACGCACGUUCAGGGCGUGCAGGUCCACGAGGGCGAAUGGGACGCUCAUGGCACCGUCAAGUUCUGGAUCUACACUUGUGAGGGGAAGAUGGAGGUGCUUAAGGAGAGAGUGGAAUACGACGAUGACAAGAGAAUUAUGAAGCUGAAUGGGCUGGAGGGGGAUGUGAUGAAGCUCUACAAAGUGUACACCUCAAUCUACGAAUUCGUGGCCGGCGGCGAAGGGAAGAAGCAGGGGGUGGCGAAACUGUCGAUCGAGUACGAGAAGCGGGACCCGAGCGUGCCGGAUCCUACCAAGUACAUGAACCUCGUCAGCCUCUUCGUCAAGGAGGCCGACGCAAGCCUUGUCAAAGCCGAUUGAUCGUUGAUUUCGCGCUCUCGAUUAAUAUCUAUCACACUUGCCAAUAUAUGUAUGCAUGUGAUCGUUACUCUUUUCGUUGUGUGUGCUUCUGCUUUCCGUUCGAUUGGAUGCUGUGUUUCCACACAUCAACUUCUGUGUAUCCCGUAUGUAUUGUCUGUUGAAUGUAAGGCUUGUUUAGCCAAUAAUACUAAAUAAAAAAAGCAUUUUGUGAAGUAGAUUUUAAUAUGAUUCGUACUGAAAUAUGCAUUAAUAUGCUCUCUGAUGCUUAAGAAAGGGAGUGAAGAGAUAAUGUAAAAAAGAGACGACGAGUGAUUAUUUACAGACGACGAAAUGUUUUGGAAUUAUUGAAGAAGAGAGUUUUUUUUUUUUCUCGAAAUUAACACUAUGCAUUCAG